UCCUAUCCAAAAAACCUAAUCGAAACCUAUCGUCAUGGAGUGUGUCUCAAGCACAGAGGACAAACCACGCACGGGAAUACUGAAUCUUGAUGUUCUCAGUUGCCCUAUUUGCGUCGAGCCGUUCACUAUUCCUAUCUUCCAGUGUGAUAAUGGGCACUUAGCCUGCUCCUCUUGCUGCCCCAAACUGCGUAAUAAAUGCCCUUCCUGUUCUUGGCCUGUUGGCCACAGUCGCUGCAGAGCAAUGGAGACUGUUCUUGAGUCGAUCUCUAUCCCAUGCCAAAACGCCGGGUUUGGAUGCACGACAAAAUUGAUUUAUGGGGAAGAAUCAACUCAUGAAAAGACAUGCACUUUCUCUCCAUGCUCCUGCCCUGUAAAAGAUUGCAAUUACACUGGCUCAUGCAAGGAUGUCUACGUUCACUAUAAAAACCUUAUCCACCCGAAUCCCCAAUCAACAUCACAGCGCUAUAGGGUCCGUUGUGGCGAAUCCUUUAGUGUCAAGAUGAAUAUCAGUGAUAACUUAGUAAUCGGUACGUUGUAUAAGGAGAGGCUAUUGUUUACAGUGCAGAGUUUCAGGAAGUCUUAUGGUGUGUAUGUUAUUGUAAGCUGCAUUGCACCAUCUUCUCCAAAAGUAGGAAAGUUCUCAUAUUGUAUAACUUAUACAAUUGAUGGACACAGUAUAACUUACAAAUCACCAGAGUUGAAGAAGAUUCAGAGAGUGAGCUUUCAUACACCUCAAGAGAAUUAUAUGUUGAUUGCUAACAGUUCACUGCAUGGUGAAUCGUUGGAGAUGAGGAUUUGCAUCAAGAAAGAAAAACGAGAUAAAACAAACGAUAUAAAAGGUCCUCAUCAGUGUGUUCAAAAAAAAAAAUUGUUCAAAAAAAAAAAGGUCCUCAUCAGAAGCGAAGAGCGUUCUUGAAGUGAGCUCUUAAAUCUCUAAGUCUGAACAGAGUUUCAUGUUUGUUCCUAACAAUUUUUUUGUUUGGUAAA